CAUACGUUCAUUAAGAAUGCCAAGCCAGUUUCAAUUUUAAGGGACCUGAUCACUGAAGCUAUGGAGAUAAAGGCAAAGCGACAUGAGGAACAGCAGAGAGAACUAGAAGAGGAGGAAGAAAAUUCGGAUGAAGAUGAACUGGACUCUCACACCAUGGUGAAGACCAGUUCAGAGAGUGCUGGUACCAUGAGGGCUACAAGCACGAUGAGUGAAGGCGCUCAGACAAUGAUUGAACACAACAGUACUAUGUUAGAAUCGGACUUGGGGACCAUGGUAAUAAAUAGCGAUGACGAUGAAGAGGAAGAUGGGACCAUGAAAAGAAAUGCUACUUCACCGCAAGUUCAAAGACCUUCUUUCAUGGACUACUUUGAUAAACAAGAUUCCAAGAAUAAAAGCCCUGAAAACUGUAAUCAGAACAUGCAUGAACCUUACCACAUAUCCAAAAAUGUUUUCCCUGAUAACUGGAAAGUCCCUCAAGAUGGAGACUUUGAUUUU